UUGUAAUCAUUUGGAUUGUAUUGUCCUGCUGCACAUUAGGUUUACAGCUUUUCUGAAUCCAAGUUUUAUUUGUUUUGAUCCCUCAAAUCUCACUUGUAGCAGCAUCAAGGUGUGCAAGGUUUGAACAGGCAUGUCUUUAAUUCACAGAAUUUCAAUUCCAAAUGGCAUUAGUUUUUAACCCUACUCGAUGAACUAAGUAAGUUUGUUCGAACCAACCAUAGUAAAAUUAUUCAAUUUUAGUAUGUAAACAUCUUGCCUCAGGCAUGGGCACUCGAUCUUCGCAACGUGUUUCAAAACCUACUAAUCCAAAGAAGGUCAAGAAAAAGGAAAGGAAUGCGGUAGAAGUACCAAGCAGAUUAGUACGCAUGAAGAAGUUCAUCGAAAUGCACAAACGAGCACAGAAAAUCACUCUCAUUUUGAUCGCUGUAUUUGGACUUCAAUGUGCUUACCUGCUGAAGUUGUUCAAACUCUUUGAAGAAAGCAAUAAUGAUCUAACAUGGGCAUCUUCGAAUGAUAUAAUCCCUACAAAACAGGCAGUUGUUCCCUGUUCGUCAAGUUAUUUAGAAGAUAUACAAGCUUUUAGUGGUUGCAUUCCCGCUCAAUGUGGUAGGGUUGUUGCUGACAAUGUGAUAACUUCAGCAGAAGCUGAGAUACUUCUAAAUUUGGCCAAGCGCGGUUUUGCCUAUGGUGAAUCUGAUGGUGGUGCAUCUAUUCUUGAUUUUCAUUCUGGUGCUCUAUCAAAAGGAAAAAAAUUUGUAAAUAUUUAUAGCCUUAUAAAAGCCUCCGAAUUAUUUCAUGAGGAAGAUAUUACAACCUACAGAUCCGUCCGGAGGAAAAUUCAAAACCUUCUUGCAAGUGCAUUUAAUAUCUCCGAGUCGGCAUUGUAUUUAACCCAUCCUACAUUUUUCUCAUUUCUCACCAACAAGGAUGCAGCCACUGUUCAUGAUGAAUACUGGCACACACAUGUUGAUAAGGAAACGUACAAAUCUUUUCAUUACACAUCACUGCUGUACUUGAACAAUUAUGGGAAAGAUUUUACUGGUGGUCGAUUUAUUUUUGAUGAACUUGCUAAUUACUCAACUAUACUUGAGCCCAAGAAAGCUCGCUUGUCAGGGUUUACAUCAGGCUGGGAAAACCCUCAUCAUGUUGAACGUGUCACAGGUGGUUCAAGGUAUGCAGCAACCAUUUCGUUCACCUGUAAUCCAAAAAAUGCCAUCAAAGACCCUGGUUUCAGAUAGAGUUGUCAACUUUUCUUCGGCGUUGUUGAUAUACUGCAGAAAAUGGAACUUUGUCUUUAUAACAAAAAAUUUGAAGCCUACUAAAAGAUACCCUCUCAUUACUUGCAAAUUAGCAUACAAAUUCUCCCUGAAUUUAUAAUGUAAGCCAGUUCAAGUUUGUUAAAUUUUCCAAAAAACUCGAUUAAAAAUUGUGGUUGAAUUAGAAACCAAUUUAAAAGUUGACCUCCCCCCACUCCCAUGAAUUUCCUUGUAGUAUGCAUUUGAAGCUUUUGUGCUGUUACAAGCUUAAUCACCAUAAGGUCUCUUAUAGUGUAUGAGUGUAAUGGCACAGCUAAAAGUCUUCAUGCUAUCUAAACUAAAACUAAAAAGUAUUUAUAAAAUGAAAUCCUCAGAAAGUUGUAGGAUAAAAGGAAAGACAGAAGUGCAUUCACCAGAAGAUUGUAACAAGUCAAAUAAGAGUAGUUUUCAAUUUAGGCGCAGCUCUUGCUAGUAGAAAAUGCAUUUCAUGCAUACAAGAAAAGGACAUUUUUCCUCAUGGCAUUGAGACACCUAUUUUAAAUUUUCUGUAAAUGCUCACGAGGACAGUUUCUUCCCCGCCUUUUGUCUGUUAGUGCGUAUUUUUCCCACAGGAAAUAUCUCAGCAGGCUCUUAAAGGAAAAAAGUACCCUCACUCAUUUAUGGCUCAUAGUAAAAUAUUUUUUGGAAAAGACAUUUUUAAUUCAACUGUUGCAUUUAAGGCGUGUAUUUUUCAAUUAAAAUCUACCUGUUAUAAACUCUGUUCAUAAACGAUGGAUACGUAAUCGAUCUAAAAAAAAGGUUCAGAUAAUUUUUAUUGAGAGUCUCGGCUCUGAUUGAACAUGCAUUUGAAAGCAUGCAUUCUGAUUGAACAUGCAUUUACAAUCGUUGACAUUGAACACCAAGCAAUUGUAAUAUGCAUAAUAUUAUGUGAACAGUCCUUUUUAGUAAGAGUAAAUUUACUUUAUGGCAUCAUAUUGUUGGACUAAUAUUUUUUCUUUUUUUUAGCUAUUUUUAGAUUUUUAGGUAAUUUUUUCUUUGCUCACACGGAACUCUCCUCAAUCAAGAUUCUCGAAUGUAAAGUAGCAUAUUCCCAAAAAAUCUAGAGAUGGCUAAAACGUAAAAAAAUAUUGGUGAAAAAAUUCUUGUCUCCUCUCACAACAUUGUUUUUCUAGAAUUCUUUUAUUGUGAAGAUUCAAUCAUUCAUAAACUAUGUGUGCCUAAUUAGAAACUCUGGGUAGAAUACCCACUGCUACAUUCUGCUCAGCUCCCGAGCAAGUCAUGAUUAAGUACAAAGGAACAGAGCAAGAUGUGGUUGUACUGUGGUCAUGGCUCUCUUCCCUAGUGUAGGUGUUUUUUUUUCAGUGGAAACAUAUAACUUGAGGAUCAAACAUUUCUUCCGGUAAAAUUCCAGGGACAGAAGUAUCCUGCCCAACAAAUGAAUGACAAGAGAUAUUUUCAAUAGUUUGAAGUGCCUUUUAAAAAAAUGAAUUUCAAACUCAAAUUAAAACGAAAAUUCUUUAGUCUUUUAUCAGAAAUAAAUGUAUCGAUUUUGAAACAUCAUACUACUUGAGUAAUUAUGUUUUAAAUGGUGCAUUUGCAAAAUGACAUCACAUUUUACCUAUUGUAAAAGUAUUUUUUCACAAACAUUACAUUUUGUUACCUACUGCAGGAUUUUUUUGUUUUUUUAUUAACACUGUAUCAGUUCAGUAUUAGGCUAGCUCACGGCCUAUAACUAAAACUAAGACAAAUUUAUUUGCAAAUUGCUUUCAUUUUUCUUUCUUAUGCAAAAUGUAUCCUGAAAGUUAAAAUCUUCAAAUUCUGUAGUUUUGUAAAACCUUUCUUAUCAUAAACAUGUUGCAGUCAAGCAUGUAAACAUUCCAAUAUCUAUUGUUAAUUGCCUUUAGGGUUUUGAAUUUGACAUUACUGAAAUUUGCUAAAAGAUUUAAAAGCUUUUAACAGUCAAAUUAGUAUAUUUUAGUAAUAGUUCUACUGUGUGUAUUUUUCAUAUUUUGAUGGGGAAACCACCAAAUUUUGUAUCUCAGUUUGUGACAUUGCAAAUUGCCUAAUUUUUUUUACUUUUUGAAAGAAACCUGAUGAUUACCGUUUUUGCACAAAA